GUGUUGACAUUAACUCGAUCGUCAUCUUGGUUAAUGGUAAAACUGGUUUGAUUUUUUUGUGUCCAUUGAUUCAACCCUUUUAUUGAUCCGGUAUAGACAGAAGGCAACGUCCUGAUGUUAUAGUUCUAUGCAAGCUUCUGUGUCCAAGAACAUGGCAGCUCCACCACAAUCAGAAGAGAGGGACCUCGAGAAUGGCUCGAUCAGAUUACCCAGUGACCUCCCCGAUUCGACCCAGCAACCUGCUGAGGUGAGUGCUGUGGAUGCCGAGAUCUGCCGCAAAUUGCACUUUGCAGCUGAGAUCGGUGAUGUGGAAUUGGUGAGGCGGAUUUUCCGGGAUAUCGAUGAGAAGGGUUCCGAUGAUUCGAAGCUCAAGGCAUCAUCUCUGGUGAGUGAAGUGAACGAGCUGGGAGAGUCUGCUCUGUUCUUGGCUGCAAAGAAAGGGAAGGCCGAGGUUGUGAAAGAGCUGCUGAAGCAUUCCAACAGCGAAGAAGUCCGCCGGAGUAGCAAAGACGGGUUCAAUCCCUUGCAUAUCGCUGCCUUUCAGGGACAUGCCGAUGUUGUGCAAACUCUGUUAGAUUACGAACCUGAGCUGAUCAAAGAAGCCGGUCCAUCCAACACGACCCCUCUCGUCUUUGCGGUCUUAAGGGGCCAUGCUACUGUGGUCAAUCAGUUACUCUCGCAGACGGACAGUCCUAGCCUGCUGUCAGUUUCCAAAUCCAAUGGUCGAAACGCUCUCCACUUAGCUGCAAGGCUCCAGAACGUGGAUAUGGUGAAAGCCCUGCUCGAGAAAGAACCUCAGUUGGCUCGAAGUACAGACCAGAAAGGGCAGAAUGCCCUUCACCUGGCCGUUAAAGGGAUCAGCCACGAAAUUGUGAGACUGCUUGUUAAGGCGGAGCCAGUGGUGCUUGCACAACAAGAUUCAAGAGGAAACACAGUGUUGCAUAUCGCCACAAAGAAGCAAAAAGAUGCGAUAGUGCAGGAGUUACUACUCUAUCCUGAGACGAAUGUAAACGUGCUGAACAAGGACCAGAAGACAGCUCUCGACAUAGCGGAGGAGCUCCCCUACUCGAGGGAGUCGAUGAAGAUCAAAGCCCACCUCUCCCGUAACGGGGCUGUCCGAGGGAAUGACCUCCUGCCUGUCAAGGAGCUCAAGCGAAACCUCCAGGGAGGCCUCAUUCACAAUGCCAACUCGGUAAAUGAGGCUGCAGUCCUCAUAGCCCAGAUAGCAUUUGCUGCCAUCUUCACGAUCCCGGGCUCACCAGUAGAGACGAGCCACAACAUCUCGGUUCAGGUCCUAGUAAUAUUCAACUCCAUCGCAUUCUUUGCAUCCCUGGCUGUGGUGGUGAUUCAGACGAUUCUUGGCCGAGGGGAGGCCGAGGCCGAGGUGAUAGCAGUGAUGGCAGAGGUAACUAAUAAGCUGAUAUGGUUAGCUUCCGCGUGCAUCUCGGUCGUGUUCAUGGCAACGAUAACUAUUGUGGUCGGGAGAAGGUGUCAGUGGGCCACUAUCCUGAUAAUGGUCGUGGGAGGUGCGUUGAUUGCUGGGUCUCUAGGGAUCAAGACUUACUACGAAGUGAGGAGAUUGAGGAAGAUUGAAUUGAUCAAGAAGAAGGAAACAUAGCAGCAAUCACUGUAUAUAAAUAUAUGCCAAGUCGUUACUAGCCCGGUUGAUUUUAGGAUCAGUUUUUAAAAUUUUAACUUUAACUUUACUUCUAUUCACUGAACAAUAAAAAUUAACAACACAAUUAUUACUUUU